GUCAACAUUGGUCCGGCUUGGAGCGCUCAUGCCGUGAUGCAUUCACUAGCCUGCUUCAGCCUGCAUCUUCGCCUCUGCCAUGCACCACGGCGCCAACCAAAAGUACUCCCUACCACUAGAGCUACCCUGUCCAUACACCCCAGCACGCUGCUGUAUAUCCCUGUACUCUACCUCUACUCCAGCCUUCUCCCACCGACAAUCCCCCGCCCCGCCCCGGUAUCCAUCACCUCUCCGCUUUCCCCUCGCGCAAGUGGCGCAGCCCAUAUCGUGUGUCGAGUGACGGGAUCCCCCGAGCUUCCAUGCAUGCAGCCGUCCUCUCCGAGCACCCGUCUCCAGGCUCGUCCAGUAUGGAGCCAUCGGUGCCUGUUGCGGUGUUACGCGACGUGCCUCCGCCCUGCCGUAGUGACCCCUGGAGGCGACAGCAGACGGCGUCGUAUGGCAGUGGCACGUCGCCGUCGCCGUCGCCACCUCCAACUGCUGACUGCCCCGUGCCGGCGGGCCUCGCGCUCGGGGGAGUGCGUUGACUUUCCCGUCUGGGCACGCGGGCUGGUGUGUUGCCUGCGUGCAUCCCGCGCUCGGGUUCCGUGCGCGAGACUCGCUAGUCGCCAUGAGACGUGCGACGUGCGAGCGGAUGGCGUGUGGACGUCGGCGGGGCUUGAGCGUGCGGAGAAGCUGACGGCGUCCCGGGGGCUGUUGACGGCGUCGGCGGAGCCGCUAGUGCCUCCCUGUCCUCUUACGGAGUCUUCGCUGCCCUCCCCUUCGGGCUCGGACGUCCCUUUGUCCCAAAACGUGCCCCAGGCACUCCGUAUCUUGCCCUGGUGGUUGUAACAUUAUUGUUGUAUUAUCGUGUAUGAUAGACGUUGUGCAUAGACCUUCUCAUAGACCUUCUCAGCAGAGCCUACGUACGCACGUAUAGCUAUAGUAAUACGCGGUACCGCAUGUAUCCGUCCAAAAGCAGCGCGGCAGCUGUAGACCUACUACUUAUAGACAUUGCAGUACUGGAGCACACUGAACAGAUGGCAGCCGACGUGCCACCCCGUAAGUCAUGG